AUGUCGAAAAAAAACGCCGUAGAUAUGAGAUGGCACAAAGAGAAGCGUGUGGAUGAUGGAAUUUUAAGGCAUCCAGCCAAUGGUCAGGCAUGGAAGGACUUUGAUAUGCAGCAUCCUACGUUUUCUGUAGAACCUCGGCAUGUAAGUCUAUCCGCCCCUGGAAGAGACAUUGAUGUUUUCUUGCAACCAUUAGUGGAGGAAUUAAUGAAUUUGUGGGAGCAUGGUGUGCAAACAUAUGAUGCCUCAAACGGUCAAAUAUUUAAAAUGCAUGCAGCAGUCAUGUGGACCAUCAAUGACUUCCCCGCAUAUGGUACCAUGUCUGGUUGGACUACAAAAGGUUACUUGGCUUGCCCUAAAUGUAACAUGGAUGCAUCAUCUCAGCGUCUGCGAAGUAAGAUAGGGUAUAUGGGUGCUUGCCUCUACUUGCCCGAGAACCAUAUUUGGCGAAGAAGUAAGCUCUUCAAUGGUCAAAAUGAGCAUCGGUCCAAACCUGUGGAGUUAUCGAGAGAACAAAUAUUGCAGCAAAUUGAUUCGAGGAUAUACAGGCCGUAUGGCAAGCAUCCAAACAACCGAAAAAGACAACGGAAUGAUAAUCCAGCUUCCAGUUGGACAAAAAGAAGCAUUAUGUUCGACCUACCCUAUUGGAAAACGCUGAAGCUUCGACACAACUUUGAUGUCAUGCGCAUAGAGAAGAAUAUAUGUGACAAUUUGGUUGGGACACUACUAAGCAUUGAUGGCAAGAACAAGGACACGGAUAAAGCAUGCUUAGAUCUAGAAGACAUGCGGAUACGAAAGGAGUUACACUUGAAGAGGCAUUCCAAUGGCUCAUUCGAGAAGCCUACGGCAUCGUACACAUUGUCCCCGAUAGAGAGACAAGAUUUUUGUGAUUUCUUGAAAUCGAUUAAGUAUCCUGAUGGCAAUGCAACAAAUAUAUCCAACUGUGUCACCCCUCAUGGUGGAAAAUUAUCUGGCCUCAAAACUCAUGACUGCAAUGUCCUUCUACAACGAUUACUUCCAAUUGGGAUGCCUGGAUACCUUUCCAAGGAGAUUGGGACCACACUUUUUGUGUUGGGAAAUUUUUUCAAACAGUUGUGCUCCAAGACAUUGAGGGUGACUGAUUUGGGGAAAAUGGAGGAACAAAUCGUACUUAUACUUUGUAAGCUUGAUAAGAUUUUUCCUCCUGCGUUUUUUGAUGUCAUGGUCCACUUGGCAAUUCAUUUGCCGCACGAGGCUAUGCUUGGAGGGCCUGCGCAAUAUCGAUGGAUGUAUCCCAUUGAGAGGAUGCUCGAAGUUUUGAAAGGAUUUGUUUGCAAUAAAGCUCGGCCAGAAGGUUCCAUUGCGGAGGCUUACAUUUCAAAAUAG